AGUGGGUAUAAAGGCGCGUGCGUCACAUUCAGACUGGACUUCAUUCACAGAGAUCUCAUUAUAGGUGCCUGUGAGAGUCUGCAAGUUUGAAUUUCUCUUCCUUAAAGGACAAUCAGAACAACCAAAAUGCGAGAGUGUAUCUCUAUCCAUGUCGGCCAGGCUGGUGUCCAGAUGGGCAACACCUGCUGGGAGCUGUACUGUCUGGAGCACGGCAUCCAGCCCGACGGCCAGAUGCCCAGUGAGAAGCCCAAAGGAGGCUAUGAUGACUCCUUCACCACCUUCUUCAGUGAGACCGGCAAUGGGAAAUACGUCCCCAGGGCCAUCUUUGUCGACCUGGAGCCCACUGUGAUUGACGAGGUUCGCACAGGUACGUACCGGCAGCUUUUCCACCCAGAGCAGCUGAUCUCGGGAAAGGAGGACGCCGCCAACAACUACGCCCGAGGUCACUACACUGUCGGCAAGGAGCACAUCGACAAUGUCCUCGACAGAAUCCGCAAACUGUCGGACCAGUGCACAGGACUACAAGGGUUCCUCAUCUUCCACUCCUUCGGUGGAGGAACCGGCUCUGGCUUCACCUCCCUCCUGAUGGAGCGCCUCUCGGUAGACUUUGGCAAGAAGUCAAAGCUGGAGUUCGCCAUCUAUCCGGCGCCCCAGGUGUCCACGGCCGUGGUGGAGCCCUACAACUCCAUCCUGACCACCCACACCACCCUGGAGCACUCCGACUGCGCCUUCAUGGUAGACAACGAGGCCAUCUACGAUAUCUGCCGGAGGAACCUGGACAUCGAGCGCCCGUCGUACACCAACCUCAACCGCCUCAUCAGCCAGAUCGUCUCCUCCAUCACCGCCUCCCUGCGCUUCGACGGCGCCCUGAACGUGGACCUGACUGAGUUCCAGACCAACCUGGUGCCCUACCCCCGCAUCCACUUCCCCCUGGCCACCUACGCCCCGGUUAUCUCCGCAGAGAGGGCCUACCACGAGCAGAUCACCGUGGCGGAGAUCACCAACGCCUGCUUUGAGCCCGCCAACCAGAUGGUGAAGUGCGACCCUCGCCACGGUAAAUACAUGGCCUGCUGCCUGCUGUACCGCGGCGAUGUGGUGCCCAAAGACGUCAACUCCGCCAUCAGCAACAUCAAGACCAAGCGCAGCAUCCAGUUUGUGGACUGGUGCCCCACCGGCUUCAAGGUGGGCAUCAACUACCAGCCGCCCACCGUGGUGCCCGGCGGAGACCUGGCCAAGGUGCAGAGGGCCGUGUGCAUGCUGAGCAACACCACCGCCAUCGCUGAGGCCUGGGCCCGACUCGACCACAAGUUCGACCUGAUGUACGCCAAGCGGGCCUUCGUCCACUGGUACGUCGGGGAGGGGAUGGAGGAGGGGGAGUUCUCGGAGGCCAGAGAGGACAUGGCCGCCCUGGAGAAGGAUUACGAGGAGGUGGGCAUGGACUCGUUUGAAGAAGAUGAAGAGGGGGAGGAGUAUUAAAAGUACAUUGUUUAUAAGUAGCGCCGUUUUAAAGAAAGGGUAAAGUUCUCGCUCAAUCCAUCAGUUUAUGAUUUAAAAUCUCCUCCAGAAGCAUGCCGGGUGUCAAUGUGCCGUUCAACAACUUGUAUGUAGACCUCUAAACACUAAUGUUACUGCGGAGCAGCGAUUUGUCUGAGCUAAAUCCCCUGGUGUUCGGUUUAAAAAAUGACUCCAAUGGGAGAGACUGUGCCUUUACAUCCUUUUCUAAAUAAAGCUGUUAAGACCAACUUCACGACUCCAAGAUUAACAUCUGUAUUUGAUUUAUUUUGAUUGAUUUAUUCAUCACCCUGCCGCUUGUUGUCUGCUAAUGAUUGUGUUCAAUAAACUGCACAAAACCCAAAUAUUUAUUUUUACGAUUAUGUAAAGAUGGAAAAUGAGCAAAUCUUAAUUGUGGUGCUGAAACCAGCUUGAUGGAUGAAUAAACUUCAACAGAACUACAA